GGUCGCGGCGGGGAAGCGGGGGAGGAGGCCCCGCGGCGAGUUGGCUUCCUCCUGGGUACCCGCGGGGGUGAGGGGAAGCCGGAGGCCGGGAGGAAGCGGAGCAGCGCGCGGGAGGCGGCGGCAGCGGCUCCCGAGGGCCUCCGGCAGGACUGACCGGAGCUCGUUUAAUGAACAGUGCCAAAGACUGAAGAACCAAACAUGAGGGUAGCAGGUGCUGCGAAGUUGGUGGUAGCUGUGGCAGUAUUCUUACUGACAUUUUAUGUUAUUUCUCAAGUAUUUGAAAUAAAAAUGGAUGCAAGUUUAGGAAACCUAUUUGCAAGGUCAGCAUUGGACACAGCUACGCGUUCUACAAAACCACCCAGAUAUAAAUGUGGGAUCUCAAAAGCUUGCCCUGAGAAGCAUUUUGCUUUUAAAAUGGCAAGUGGAGCAGCCAAUGUUGUGGGACCCAAAAUCUGCCUAGAAGACAACGUUUUGAUGAGUGGUGUUAAGAAUAAUGUUGGAAGAGGGAUCAAUGUGGCCUUGGUAAAUGGAAAAACAGGAGAAGUAUUAGAUACCAAAUAUUUUGACAUGUGGGGAGGAGAUGUGGCUCCAUUUAUUGAGUUUUUGAAGUCCAUACAAGAUGGAACGAUAGUCUUAAUGGGAACAUACGAUGAUGGAGCGACCAAACUCACUGACGAGGCCCGGCGGCUCAUCGCUGAACUGGGAAGCACGUCCAUUACCAAUCUUGGUUUCAGAGACAACUGGGUCUUCUGUGGUGGGAAAGGCAUCAAGACAAAAAGCCCUUUUGAACAGCACAUAAAGAACAAUAAGGACACAAAUAAAUAUGAAGGAUGGCCUGAAGUUGUAGAAAUGGAAGGAUGCAUCCCCCAAAAGCAAGACUAAUAUGGAGAAAAUUGGAGAAAGCGCACUUUCACUAUUAAAAGAGUUAUAACAGAGAAACUACAUGUAAAUAUUUUAAGAGCAUGCAGCCAUCUCGGUGUGUGCAUGAGCAUUAUCUCUCUUUUGAUGUCAGGAUUAUUUAUUGCUAACGUAAAUAGAUACCUUUGUAAAUAGUCAUUAUAAUGAGCAAAUCACUGAACCAUUUCUAAGCACAUUUCCCUAGUAAUAGCUCAAUGUUUAGACAGCUCUGUUAAUGACAUCUUCUAAUUCUGAAAGCAUACCUAAUGGAUAUCUUAACAAUUGUGAAAAGUAUAUUGACAUAUAUACUGGUUCUGUGAAAAUCUGUCAUGGAAUAAUAUGGAUGUUAGGGAGCAAACUUUGUUUUCUUUUAUAUAUAUUGCCUUUUGAUGAUAGUAUGUUUUAAAUUAAAAAGAUAUUUGGCUA